ACAGUUGGCUAGUGCGCGUCAUAGCGGAAGCUGUUUUUGUCUUGUGGUAUUUUCGGUAUUUUAGUUUAUGAUAAUAUAAAUGGCAGCUGAAAAUCAAAUUGAUAAUGACAUCGUUUUUGUCAUACAAACAAAUCCAGAAGAGGAGCAGCAUACUAAUGAAAAAGACGACGUACCGGAACUAAGGAAACUUCUGGUGGAAGAUUGGGACCUGGAUUCAACUGUAUAUGACAUCCUGAUCGAUCACGGAAUAACCUUAGCUUACUUAAAAAUCGUGGAUCAUAAGGCACUGGACGACAUAUUUUCAGUUCUAAAGUGGAACGGUCACAAGCAUGCGCUUCGUGCAAAACUGGAGAAAUGGAAUGAUUCUGUUCUGUUUCGAACACAGGAAUUGCCUGCCGGUAGCCAGAUGAACGAACUAGUUCCUUCAAGACCCCGAUAUGAAAAAGACUGCACUUUUCAUCCAGGAUCAUUCAAGCACAAAUUACUCCCAACAGCUGUUACAAACAGCUUAUUGCUCGAUAUUUUACAGAGAAAUGAAAAGGGAAAAAUUGUUUCCUAAUACUACGAGAAAAAUCAUAAGUUGGAGGAUGAACACAAGCGCUCUUUGGCUCACACUAUAGUUGAUUUUUACACUGCCAACAAUGAGUACUUUCAUCUUCCGGACAUGGAACGUUUCGCACAAUUGAUUGCAGCCCGAUUUUCAACGGAAAUAGCAGUAAUUUUUAACAUUCAUGAAAACCAUCACCAUUUUAUACAACAUGUUACCGUACGAGACCUACUACAAUCCUCGUGAUUCAGCAGCUGGAAAACUGCACCCUUAUGGACUAUUGUAUCACCGAUUCCACAACCGUAACAAAACUAUUUCCGCUAAACGUCGGACAAAAGUUGUUGAUCCUUGGAAGAAAUGCAAAUCCAAAACAUCAGACCUAUCAUCGGAUGAAAACCGAUCGAUAAUGUCGGUUGUUUUUUCAAAUCAAAAAUUUCAUCAUCUGUACAUCGAGCUUCAAACUGCUAUCAAAAACUGGCUGCGGAAUAACUUGGAUCCUUUCGAAAAAGUUCAACUAAACUGGAAAAAAUCUGUGUUUCUUCGUUGUGAGGCUAUAGAACAAGAAACGGAUGCCAAUAAAUCGAAUGUUCUCAAUGAGUGGCCACGAAUUAAAGACCCGAACGGAUACAUACUGAUUCACGAAGAUUUUGACUACAUUUAUGGAAAUACUAGCAACUCUGAUAGAUUAUACAAUAGCUGGUGCUCUUUUUUGGAAGUCUUUCACAAGUUUAUUGGCACAUGCAAACUCAAAGAUCAUUAUUCUCUUCAGUUACUUGAACAUUCAAACAGCGAUUCGAUUACUGAAGGUAAACAUUGAUCAGUUUAAUGGGCCACCUGUCCACAUUUACAGUUCAGAAGGCAAAAAUUAUGUAACACUGAAGAUGUUUUUUACAUAGGAUGAUGUGUUAAAUAAAAAUUGUUAAAAUUGUAUGAUUGUAGAUUGAACAUUGUAUUUUUGUGAAAUGUAUCUCGUAAUAAAU